GAUCGAGGCGCCUGCAGCUGCUUAGGGGGCGGCUUCUCGGCGGAGGCUUGGCCGGCUCCUCUCUCUCCCGCUUCCGCGGCGGCGGCGGCGGCUCCUGCCCUCUCGCUCUCCCUCCCGCGUCUCCGGCUGCAGGUGAAAGGAAAACCAGCCAGGAUGGAUAUUUACGACACUCAGACCUUGGGGGUUGUGGUCUUUGGUGGAUUCAUGGUUGUUUCUGCCAUCGGCAUCUUCCUCGUGUCAACCUUCUCCAUGAAGGAGACGUCGUAUGAAGAAGCUCUGGCCAACCAGCGCAAGGAAAUGGCGAAGACCAACCACCAGAAAGUGGAGAAGAAGAAGAAGGAGAAGACAGUGGAGAAGAAAGGAAAGACCAAGAAAAAGGAGGAGAAGCCCAACGGGAAGAUACCUGACCAUGAGCCCAGCCCUGGAGUGACCAUCCUCCCCAAGGACCCAGCGUGGGCACCCGCAGUGGCGGUGGCCCCAGCCUCAGUCCAGUCCCCUGUGGUCACUGCCCCUGUAGCCACAGUAUCAGCCAUGCCCCAAGAGAAGCUGGCUUCUUCCCCAAAGGACAAAAAGAAGAAGGAGAAAAAAGUGGCAAAGGUGGAACCAGCAGUCAGCUCUGUAGUGAAUUCCAUCCAGGUUCUUGCCUCAAAGGCUGCCAUCUUGGAAGCUGCUCCCAAGGAGGUGCCUAUGGUGGUGGUGUCCCCAGUGGGCGCCAAAGGUAGUGCCCCUGCUACUAGCUCUACACAGGGCAAGAAGGGAGAGGGGGCCCAGAACCAAGGCAAGAAGGGAGAGGGGGCCCAGAACCAAGGCAAGAAGGGAGAGGGGGCCCAGAACCAAGGCAAGAAGGGAGAGGGGGCCCAGAACCAAGGCAAGAAGGGAGAGGGGGCCCAGAACCAAGGCAAGAAGGGAGAGGGGGCCCAGAACCAAGGCAAGAAGGGAGAGGGGGCCCAGAACCAAGGCAAGAAGGGAGAGGGGGCCCAGAACCAAGGCAAGAAGGGAGAGGGGGCCCAGAACCAAGGCAAGAAGGGAGAGGGUGCCCAGAACCAAGGCAAGAAAGCAGAGGGUGCCCAGAACCAAGGCAAAAAUGCAGAGGGCGCCCAGAACCAAGGCAAGAAGGCAGACGGGGCCCAGAACCAAGGCAAGAAGGCAGAGGGGGCCCAGAACCAAGGCAAAAAAGCAGAGGGUGCCCAGAACCAAGGCAAGAAGGCAGAGGGGGCCCAGAACCAAGGCAAGAAAUCAGAGGGGGCCCAGAACCAAGGCAAGAAGGCAGAGGGGGCCCAGAACCAGGGCAAGAAGGUAGAGGGUGCCCAGAACCAGGGCAAGAAGGCAGAAGGGGCCCAGAACCAAGGCAAGAAGGCAGAGGGCGCCCAGAACCAAGGCAAGAAAUCAGAGGGUGCCCAGAAUCAGGGCAAGAAAUCAGAGGGGGCCCAGAACCAAGGCAAGAAGGCAGAGGGCGCCCAGAACCAGGGCAAGAAGGCAGAGGGGGCCCAGAACCAAGGCAAGAAGGCAGAGGGGGCCCAGAACCAAGGCAAGAAGGCAGAGGGGGCCCAGAACCAAGGCAAGAAAUCAGAGGGGGCCCAGAACCAAGGCAAGAAAUCAGAGGGGACCCCCAACCAGAGCAAGAAGGUAGAGGGGGCCCAGAACCAAGGCAAGAAGACAGAGGGGGCCCAGAAUCAAGGCAAGAAGGCAGAGGGGGCCCAGAACCAAGGCAAGAAAUCAGAGGGGGCCCAGAACCAAGGCAAGAAGGCAGAAGGAACCCCCAACCAGGGCAAGAAGGCAGAGGGGGCCCAAAACCAGGGCAAGAAGGUAGAGGGGGCCCAGAACCAGGGCAAGAAGGCAGAGGGGAACCAGAACCAGGGAAAGAAAUCAGAGGGAACCCCCAACCAGGGCAAAAAGGCAGAGGGGGGCCAGAACCAAGGGAAGAAAUCAGAGGGGGCCCAGAACCAGAGUAAAAAGGCAGAGGGGGCCCAGAACCAAGGCAAGAAAGCAGAGGGGGCCCAGAACCAGGGCAAAAAGGCAGAGGGGAACCAGAACCAGGGCAAAAAGGCAGAGGGGAACCAGAAUCAGGGCAGAAAAGAGCAGAAUACCCUGGACCAGGGCAAAAUGGUAGAAGUGGUUCAAAACCAGAGUAAAAAAGCAGACGGGACCCCCAACCAGGGCAAGAAGGCAGAGGGGGCCCAGAACCAGGGUAGGAAGGCAGAAGGGACCCCCAAUCAGGGCAAAAAGGCAGAGGGAGCCCAGAACCAGGGCAAGAAGGCAGAGGGGGCCCAGAACCAGGGCAGAAAAGCGGAGGCAGGCCAGAAUCAGGGCAAAAAGGCAGAUUCAGUUGCUAAUCAGGGCACAAAGGUGGAGGGUAUUGCGAACCAGGGGAAAAAAGCAGAUGGGACCCCAAAUCAAGGGAAAAAGGCAGAGGGAACCUCGAACCAAGGCAAAAAGUCAGAAGGGUCCCCCAACCAGGGCAAGAAGGUGGAUGCAUCUGCCAAUCAGGGUAAAAAGGCAGAGUCAGCUCCUACCCAGGGCAAAAAUGCAGACAUGGUCCAGAGCCAGGAAGCACCAAAGCAAGAGGCUCCUGCAAAGAAGAAGUCUGGGUCAAAGAAGAAGAGUGAGCCUGGGCCCCCAGAUGCCAAUGGCACUCUACACUUGCCCUACAAGACGCUGGUCUCCGCUGUUGGAAGCAUGGUGCUCAGCGAGGGAGAGGCCCAGCGGCUCAUGGAGAUCCUGGCCGACAAGGCGGGCAUUGUGCAGGACACGUGGCACAAGGCCACUCAGAAGGGCGACCCCGUAGUGAUUCUGAAACGCCAGUUGGAAGAGAAGGAGAAGCUGCUGGCCACAGAGCAGGAGGAUGCGGCCGUCGCCAAGAGCAAGCUGCGGGAGCUCAACAAGGAGCUGGCAGCAGAAAAGGCCAAGGCAGCCGCCGGGGAGGCCAAAGUGAAGAAGCAGCUGGUAGCCCGGGAGCAGGAGAUCACAGCCGUGCAGGCGCGCAUGCAGGCCAGCUACCGGGAGCACGUGAAGGAGGUGCAGCAGCUGCAGGGCAAGAUCCGGACACUGCAGGAGCAGCUGGAGAAUGGCCCCAGCGCGCAGCUGGCCCGCUUGCAGCAGGAGAACUCCAUCCUGAGGGACGCCUUGAACCAGGCCACGAGCCAGGUGGAGAGCAAGCAGAAUGCAGAGCUGGCCAAGCUCCGGCAGGAGCUGGGCAAGGUCAGCAAGGAGCUGGUGGAGAAGUCGGAGGCCGCGCGGCAGGAGGAGCAGCAGCGGAAGGCCCUGGAGGCCAAGGCGGCCGCCGUGGAGAAACAGGUCCUGCAGUUGCAGGCAUCUCACAAGGAGAGCGAGGAGGCCCUGCAGAAGCGCCUGGACGAGGUCAGCCGGGAGCUGUGCCGCGCGCAGAGCAGCCACGCCAGCCUCCGGGCAGACGCCGAGAAGGCCCGGGAGCAGCAGCAGCAGAUGGCAGAGCUGCACGGCAAGCUGCAGUCCUCCGAGGCCGAGGUGAGGGGCAAGUGUGAGGAGCUGCGUGGUCUCCAUGGGCAGCUGGACGAGGCCCGGGCGCAGAACUCACAGCUCACGGAGAGGAUCCGCUCCAUCGAGGCCCUGCUGGAGGCCAGCCAGGCCCAGGACGCCCAGGCCAGUCGAGUGGAGGCCGACCAGCAGCAGGCCCGCCUCAUGGAGCUGGAGUCACAGGUGUGGUGCCUGGAGAAGGAGGCCACGGAGCUCAGGGAGGCGGUGGAGCAGCAGAAGGCGAAGAACAAUGACCUCCGAGAGAAGAACUGGAAGGCCAUGGAGGCUCUGGCCUCGGCCGAGAAGAGCUGCGAGGAGAAGCUGCGGUCCCUGACUCAGGCCAAGGAGGAAUCAGAGAAGCAACUCAGCCUGACGGAGGCCCAGACCAAGGAGGCCCUGCUGGCCCUGCUCCCGGGGCUCCCCACCUCCACCAACCAGAGUUAUGCCGAGUGGUUGCAGGAGCUCAAAGAGAAUGCCUGCUUGGAGUUGUUGAAGCGGCCACAGGCGAGCCCGGAGCCUUCGGACUUGGCCGCCAAGCUGAGGGAGGCGGAGGAGACGCAGAGUGGCCUGCAGGCCGAGUGUGACCAGUACCGCAGCAUCCUGGCCGAGACGGAGGCCAUGCUAAAGGCACUGCAGAAGAGCGUGGAGGAGGAGGAACAGGUGUGGAAGGCCCGGGUGAGCGCCGCGGAGGAGGAGCUCCAGGAGUCACGGGUCACCGUGAAACAUCUCGAAGAGGUUGUCGAGAAGCUCAAAGGGGAACUUGAAAGUUCUGAUCAGGUGAAGGAGCACACCUGGCGCCUGGAGGCCGAGCUGGAGAAGCACGUGGCGGCUGCCAGUGCCGAGUGCCAGAGCUAUGCCCAGGAGGUGGCGGGGUUGAGGCAGCUCUUAUUAGAAUCUCAGUCUCAGCUGGAUGCAGCCAAAAGUGAAGCCCAGAAACAAAGCGACGAGCUUGCCCUGGUCAGGCAGCAGCUGAGUGAGAUGAAGAGCCAUGUGGAGGAUGGUGACGUGGCUGAGGCCCCCCGAGCAGAGCAGGACCCCGCUGAGCUGAAGACGCAGCUGGAACGGACGGAAGCCCUGCUGGGGGACGAGCAGACGCGGCGGCAGAAACUCACAGCCGAGUUUGAGGAGGCUCAGCUCGUGGCGAGUCAGCUGCAGGCGGAGUUGGAGAAGCUCCGUUGCACCAGCGCCCUUGGGUCUUCGGAGGUGGAGGAGGCUGCACAGCUGAAGGAGAGGCUAGAGAAAGAGAAGAAGUUAACUGGUGACCUUGGACGUGCGGCCACCAAGCUGCAGGAGCUUUUGAAGACGACCCAGGAGCAGCUGGCGAAAGAGAAGGACACGGUGCAGAAGCUGCAGGAGCGGCUGGACAGACCAGAGGACGGCAGCUCAAAGGAAGGCACUUCUGUCUGAGUCUCCUGAAGAAAACGAAAUUACUGUUCAACUUACCAAAAUGCCUUACACAUUCCUUACAAAUAAACCAACCGACACAGCGUUAUCCGGGCCCAACUUCGGUAGCUCUGAGAAGCCAUAAAGACAAGAGUUUCUUAGCACCAGAAGUAGAUCUUCCAGACCCAGUUUGUACAAGAAGAACCUUUGUCACAUUCGAGAAACACUAUCGCCCUGGCCCGGCCCUGGACCACCAGCCAGCAGACGCCAAAGCCCUCGUCAGCCGUGCGACAGACCCAGGGCUUGUUCUGGGAGGCGGGCCCGGGGUCUGUAUGUCAGUCAGUGCAAUUGUGUCUUUCGCGGGGCUGGGGGUCGGGUGGUUCUAGUGCUGAGUCCCUAAGGCUGCAGAGCAGACUGGAAGGUCACAGCCAGCGAGGCAGCAGCCCCAGUCCCCGGAAGAUGCUGCCCCCAGAACCGACGCGUGACUCCUGGGUGUUAAUGCCAUUAAAACCCGCGUGUCGCCCGGCA